AAUCCAUAAAUGGAUCGCGCGUCUUCCUCCGCGCACCCGACCCGCUAAUGCCGCUAAAUAAAUCCGUGUCUCUUCUCCGGCUUCCAUUUUCGCGAGGAGAGGAAAGGGGAAGAAAAGGGGAGAAGCCGCCGCCUCCGCUUUCACGAGAAUUCUAGCAAAAAAAUUCUGGAGAAGAUAUCUGCCUCUGUGUUUUGUGCUGCAUUUUGGUAUGGAGGAAACUUCCGGUAGAUCCGCCAACCCAGUUGGGUUUGUUAGACGAGGCUCUGGCAUCUCCUUGAGAAAUCAAAGCAAUGAGGAGAGGCCAACCCAGUACAGCAAUAAGCCAGGGAAGACUACAAAUCUCAAUCCUAUGAAAGCUAGAUGGGCUGAUAAUAAAGAGAAGCCAAGAUAUUUACAAGAGCCGUUUCGAUCAUCAGGUUCUAAGGCCUCCUCUCCAAGCUCUUCAAAAGCUCCUGUUAGAAAACAUUAUGAAGAAAAGCAAAAGCUGCCCUUUUUAGCAAGGGUAGACCAUGCUGAAAGCAGUAACAGAAGAACUGAGGUCAGAUCUCUGCAGAGUGGCAAGAAAGCUGUUGUUUAUGAGGAUGAGCAUUCAUACACUCAGCAGACAGGGUCAGAAGGUUCAUCAUCCAUAACAACUACAGAAGGAGGUCUCCCAGAAGAACCUGAUCUUGAAGUAGAGGCUUCUGUUCCUUCAGGGAUUUCUGCACAUACAGUUGAUUACAUAGUCAGAAAUACUGCAUCGAGUACCAUGUCACGUAGGCAAAAGGAUAAAGAAGAAUCGAGUUCAGGUAGACCCCAAGGUGCUUCUACUUUUGUUCGUCGGCCAACCGUACCUCAAAGUUCCACCAUUGGUAUCAAAUCAUCAAACAGCGCUGGUACUGGAGUAAAGAGACAUGGUCUGAAAAACCUUGGUUGCACUUCAAUAUCUGAUGUUUUGCCUUCAGCUUGUUCUUCAUCUGAUUCUGUUCACAAUAGGAGGGCUGAAGUUACAAAAAAGCGGACUUCUGAUGGAGAAAGUUUCUCAAGAUCAAGGGGAAUAAGUGGACAAGCUAGUUUAGGUCACACACCUGCCAUUUAUCCUGGCAUUACUGGUCCCAGAGCAAGAGCUGCUGAACAAUCAGCUUCUCAACAAACAGCGCGGACCAGUGGCAGAAGUAUUCAGGAUUCUGUAGAUUCAGUAAGGACUACGCGACCUUCUACUCAGCGCACCAGGGAGAGGAUGCUGGGUGAACGAGAGGAUGCCAUAGUUGCUCUGCAUGAAACUGUUACAAGGGUUCGCCAUCCAGAAAGGGGUCAUUUUCCCACGGAUGAUGUUUCCCCACAGAGAUUAGCAAGACCCUUUUACGCGGGAUUGCCUCAUGCAAUUUAUUCAUCUAAUCAUCAAGGCUCAACUAGAGCAAGGAGAAGACCAAGUCCUAGUCCUGAGGAAAGCCCUCCACAAAUGUUCCAUGGUCUGUUUGGGGAGAGAGAUGGAUACAGGCGCAUAAAUAUGGAAGGAAUUGCAGAGGUGUUGCUAGCAUUGGACAGGAUCGAACAAGAUGAUGAAUUUUCCUACGAGCAACUGCUGGUGCUGGAAACUAAUCUGCUCCUUAAUGGCCUUGGCUUGCAUGAUCAGCACCAAGAUAUGAGAUUGGAUAUCGACAGCAUGUCUUAUGAGGAAUUACUAGCUUUAGAAGAGCAAAUCGGCUCAGUGAGCACUGCCAUUUCUGAAGAGCAAUUCACCAAGUGUGUCAACAGAAGUGUGUAUAAAGCAAGAAAUUCAGAGCGAGAAGUGAACAAGAUUGUAGUAGAUGAUGUGAAAUGCAGCAUAUGUCAGGAGGAAUACAUUGAGGGUGAAAACAUUGGUAGGAUGCAAUGUGAGCAUCAGUACCAUGUGUGCUGCAUUCACGAAUGGCUUAGACAGAAGAACUGGUGUCCAAUAUGCAAAGCUUCAGCAAUACCCUCGGAGACGAACAAGGGGGACGCAUCAAUAUAGGUGGUUCAAACUCGUAAAUAGCGUGAAUUUAUCAUGAAACUGUAUUAGGCAUUAUAGAUGCUGACCCAAUUCGCUCUAAUUUGUCAAUAUGAUAGACUCUCUCUUGGAAACCACUGUAAAUUUUUGUUACUACAUCUUGUUCUCAUCAUUGCACAUCCUUGUGAAAUAUGAAUUCUGCUUGAUAGCAGUAUGGUCAGAAACUCCCGAAUAAUUAAAGUUCUCCUGGUUCUUAAAAAAA